AGGAGCAGCAGCAGCAACAGCAGCAAUAGCAGCAGCAGCAGGAGCAACAGCAACAGCAGCAGCAGCAGCAGCAGCAGCAGCAGAAGCAGAAGCAGAAGCAGAAGAGAGAGCAGCACCAACAGCAGCAGGAAUUGCAGGAGCAGCAGCAGCACCAGCAGGGGCAGAACAAUAACACCAAUUAACACCAAGUGGCGUCUGAGAGAGAAUAGGAAGAGUCAGACUGAAAGAGAGAGGGAGAGGGACAGGGUAAGAGAGAGGGAGAGGCAGUAGGGCACAAGCAGGCAAGCAAGCAACCCAGCAGCAGUCAGGCGGGCAGGAAGGAAGGGACUGGCUUGAGCCAUGGCCGGAGACAGCGAUCAGACCCUUCAGAACCACCAGCAGCCCAACGGAGCAGAGCCUUUCCUGAUCGGCGUCAGCGGCGGCACAGCCAGCGGCAAAUCUUCAGUGUGCUCCAAAAUUGUGCAGCUGCUGGGUCAGAAUGAGGUAGAUUAUCACCAGAAGCAGGUGGUUAUCCUGAGUCAGGACAGCUUUUACCGGGUGCUGACCAUGGAACAGAAGGCCAAAGCCCUGAAGGGCCAGUUCAACUUUGACCACCCAGAUGCCUUCGACAACGAGCUCAUCUUCAAAACUCUCAAAGAAAUUACAGAAGGAAAGACAGUGCAGAUUCCUGUGUACGACUUUGUUUCCCAUUCCCGGAAAGAGGAGACAGUGACUGUGUAUCCUGCUGAUGUGGUGCUCUUUGAAGGGAUCCUGGCUUUCUAUUCCCAGGAGGUACGAGACCUUUUCCAGAUGAAGCUCUUUGUGGACACGGAUGCAGAUACUCGACUUUCCCGCAGAGUGUUAAGGGACAUCAGCGAACGAGGGAGGGACCUUGAACAGAUCUUAUCUCAGUACAUUACAUUCGUCAAACCUGCCUUUGAGGAAUUCUGCUUGCCAACUAAGAAAUAUGCUGAUGUGAUUAUUCCCAGAGGUGUGGAUAACAUAGUGGCCAUCAACCUCAUUGUUCAGCACAUCCAAGACAUCCUGAAUGGAGGCCUCACCAAGCGCCAGACCAACAACUGCCUCAAUGGUUACACCCCCUCCCGCAAGAGACAGGCCUCCGAGUCCAGCAGCCGGCCCCACUGACCUCCUGUGCCUGACUCGGCAUUCCUGCCCUGAGUCCUGUCCCUCAUUCACGUGGGAGACGACGAGGAGGAGGAGGAUGAAGAGGAGGCGGCGGCAGCGCUGACCUGUGUAUAUAGUGUUUCCAGCGACAGGACUAUAUUUAAGAAACCACCCUCGGAGAUGAAAUGCCUUUGAUUUUUUUUUGUACUUUUGGAAUGGGCAGAGCGAGAUGAAAGAUGACCCGAGUUUAGGUGAUAAACUGUGCCAAGAGAUACGGGGAUGCUGAAUUUACGAGUCCAUCGUGUAACCAGUUAUAAAUAUAUACAUAUAUAUAUAUAUAUAUAAAUCUAUUUUUGUGUAAAUGUAGAAUAAUGUAAAGCUGUUUGCCGUGAGUGUUUUCCAAGAGGAUAUUGUGAGAGCUCGUGCUUGUAUUUUCUGGGGUAGGUGCUUUAGCCCUGGCAGUGGGCAUUCAUUUCUUAUAUUUCCAGAUAGAAAAAGCCAGUAGUUCCAGAUUCUGUCAAAGAGGGGAGAUGCAGAGGGAAGGACAGCUGAUAAGUUAUCCUGAGUUCUGGAGGAAUUCUGGAAAGGAUUGGCUUCUGACAUUCCUCCCUGUCUUUCCUGCCCAGUGCUGCUCUCUUCUGACAGAUGCCAUCUUCUGGGGCUAGUCCUUAAGGAUAGGAGAAGUUUUAGUUUGUUUAAGCUCACUCUUUUUGGUUGGGAAUGAGGGAAGACCCCAAAAUCAUACUCAGGGAAGGAAGUGCCCUGCAGAAGAGAGUAAGUCUUGAAUGUUCUCUUUGUCGUCCCCUUGCCCAACAUCCAUUUGGUCUUUCUAUUUCCCUUUAUUUUUUCCUUUUCAGUCUACUCAGAGAGGACAAGGUUGCUUCUGGCUCCCGCCAGAUUAAGUAGGAAUUUUGUGAGAUUGUUAUUAUCAUAGAGGCAGAGCAAGAGUAGAACAGGCACCGGGUUGCGGGUGUGUGGGGAUCUCUUCAGAUACUGGCUUCAGAUGAUUCCUGGAAAGAACCGAGUGAUGGCACCCCCAUCCUGUUGUUACACAGCAAGGGAAAGAUCUUGGCUUCUGUGAAUUUCCUUUCUGAUUAAUGACUCGGGUUCUCAGACCCUUCCAUGUGGCCAAUGAUCUCAGUGGUAGGAAGAGCCAGAACAAGAAACUUUAGCCAUUUCCCUCUCUGACCGAGGGGUUAGCUUUGUUUCCUUUCUCUUCCCCUCCAAAAAAGGAUGCUAAAGCCAGAUUCGUUCCCAUCAAUGAUUUUUUUUGACUUCAAAAAAUUUAAGGAUAAUUUCUUUUUCAUGUGACAACUAGGAUAAAAUUGCUGUUACCACAGAAAAGGGUACAGCUCCAUCCUGUGCCUUAGAGGUGCGAGGAGGGGAUGGUGUAUUUCCAUCUUAAAUAAAUGGAAUUCCCUUUCAUUUACAGGGACGUAAACCCCAGCCAGGUGCCCCCUAACAAUCAGAAUACUGUGUAAUUUUCUCUUAGUCUGCAACAGAGACAGAUUCCUCGCUGACUUCUGGGGGCAGGGGUUAGGGGAUCAGAACUACUGGAUUUAUGAGAUAUGAUCUUAAAGUAACACGACUGAUUUUAUUUUAUUUUUUAUAACUUGCCUGAUUGUCUUUAUCCAAAAUUUGUGUGAUAUUUCUAAGUAAUCACCUGGGGGUAUUGGGGUACACCAGGAUGGGGGAAGACUAUUCUGGCAUUCUGGGAACUCUGCCAGUGGCCAUCAAGGACUAGUUUCAAUCACAAAACAAAACCAAUCUCAUCACUUGGCCACAACUUGUCCUUUAAUCCCAGAUGGCACCCCACCCUGUCUUCUUCACCAGGGACUUGGGUACUUCUCAAAACUGAACCUACUCCCAAGGACACAGAUCUGCUAGCCCUCCAAAAAGGUGCCACUUAAAAAAAAAAAAGAAAAGAAAAUCCGUUUUCUCUGGAGAGAAGGGCUCUCUGAAGGCAGUUGAAAAGAAAGGAGUUCCCAGAAUGUUUUAAGCCAUGGAAGUGUCAAUGAUUCAUUGUGCUAGCCUCUGGAGGUGUCCCCUUUGAAAGAGAAUGACAAGCCUUUGUAGGUAGAAGUUCUGGAAUCUUUGUCCUCCUAUUCAGUCACAUUCCUUUAUGAGUCACACCUCAGAGAGCUCUGAGGCUUGGGAGAAGAGGAAAAGUGGAGGGCCAGGAGCCUCAGAAAAGGCAGAGCCUUACCCCUAGGUGGGGGCAGGCUCUGCCCCUGGGAAGUGUCUCUCAGAGAGUCUUUGCCUUGCAGCGGGUACCAUGCUUACCUUUACUUGAAGCUCCCAGGUGCCAAACCAUUUAGUGCCUUGGCAGCCUAUCCCACUGCCUUGUAAGACAGAUUCUUCUAUUGUCACCAACCCUUUUACUUAGUUGCUUCUUCAUCUACUUGUGGUAUUUGGGACCAAGGCCAUCCUCCCAGCAGGUUCUUUUCUCCACACAAUCCACACAAUCCCCCUUCCUCCAUCCCUGCAGUCCUUCUCUCUCCACUCCUGCUCUACCUUCCACCAGUUUGAUAAUGGCCUCUGGCCUUUCCCUGUCACUUGGUGGCAGUAUUUCCAUCCAAAGAGGACUCCCCCAAACUAUAGCACAGAGCAGGGAUUGCCCUAUUGGAGGAAAUCAAGAAGUUCAGGGGCAUGGCCAUGGUCCCUGGGUGCCCUGGGCAUGGUGUGCCAUCAUCUAUAGGCAUGGCAGAUUCCCUCAUUGACCUUCUUGUCCUCUCAUGCCCCUGUGUGGAUGUUGGGAUGUGGACGAAGAUGAGCCCAGAGGUAGAGCAUCCAUGGAGGGUUCCUUCAGAUUCACCACUAGAAGGUGCUAAAUUUCUGCCUUGAAACUCAGGACCUGCAGCCGGGUAGCCAGGAUGAUAUAAUGUGAGCAAAAUCUGGCUUCACCCUAACCCCUGAAACAGAACUUGUUGCCUCCUCCAUCAUUCAUAUCCCAGUUAACCCAAGGAAAGAUGGAUUGUGGGCUAAGGAUUGCCAGGAGAACUACUGGAUGCUAUUGGGAAUGUAGUUGGAUCCAGCCCAGAUCAGUUACAGGUCACUGGGGGCCAGGAGUGGUAAAAGUAGCCGUUGUACCUCCAGAGUACUCCCAAGGGUUCACCACAGCCACCUGGUCUCUGGUGGGGGUGGUCGAUCUCAGGAAAAUGCUUUUCUGCCCUUUAAUGGGUUCUAGAUCGGACAAUUGCCUGGGGGAUUUGAAAUGUCUUUGCUUGCUCAGAGGGAAAUCUAGACUCCUUAAAUCCAUUCAGCAUUGUAUGUAAAUAAGCGACCUCUUGGUAAGAGCCCUCUUGGUCUGGCAACAAUGGAAGGCUAGUAAGUAGCAAGUGUUCUUCUGUGUCCUUCAGCUCAGCACCCCAUCUUCUGCACAUGGAAUCUUCCAAUCCCCAAAGUGGGUUCGAUAUUUUUAGCCCAUGAAGACUAUCAGCUGAGUCCAUAACAAUUGGACCUCUUACAGAAAGGUCUGGUUGAACGUCUGCCAUCUUAGUUGGCCCUCCUAAAAUUUUCUUUGGGUCCACUAGGCAAAGCAUGCUUUAUGAGCUGGAAUGGUGGUGGCAAGCAGCUUCUGCUCAGGAGAGAAACCUGUUGAAAUGAAUUGAGAGCUUGAAGUUCUCUUUACCCAUCGGUGAGGGAAAGUGAGCGACCACUUUCCUCUGGAUCAGGCAAAUGGUUAAACUGCAUAAUAUAGACUGAGAUAAUAAGGGCAAUAAGGGCAAACUGCCCUUGCUAGUUCAAGAACUCUGCCUUUAUGUAAGUGAUAGAGGCAGUAGCUGCCAGUAUCUCCAGAAUUAGGCUUGGGUUUUCCAUGAGGGGUUAGAUUUUUUUGUUUUAAAUUUAUACAUUUGCCUUUUCUGUUUGUUAUUAGUGAUGAAAUACUCUUGCCUAUGCGUAUUCUGUCCUUCCCUGUAAAUAAAGAUGUUAUCAAAAGGAA